GCCUGGCGAGACACCCUCGCUAGUUACUUAUACGAGGAAUACGUUAGAGGUCGCGUGUUUUACUCUUACAUCUUGCCUGUUAGUCUACGAGAGUCAUUUCUCCUCCGCUGUUAUCUGUCCAGCAACGGCUAGCAGACUAGAUAAAAGUUCUGUCGCGAUGUUGCCCAAGCUUCCACAGACUCUACUAGUCGUGCUCCUGCAUGCUGGAGUAUACGUGACAGCACAACGCCGGGGUGGCUGGCGCGGCGGCGGUGGAGGGGGAGGAGGCGGCAGCGACGAUGAUUUCGACGACUAUGAUGAUGAUGAUGGUGAUGGUGGCUCAAGCAUCCUCCCACCCCCUAUUCCCGACCCAGUACCACAGUGUGACAUGGGCAGAUGCGCUUGCACCAUGGUUGACGAACGUACCGACCAGUAUGAGCUUCCGGGGAUGUACUACAACGGCACCGUGACCAUAACUCACAAACUCGAAGACAGUUCGGUCUGGCUCUUUGAAGACCCGGAAAGGAACCCGUCAGAGGACUACAAGUGGUGUGGGAAUUAUGAUGGCAAUACCAAGACUUACGAAUACCCGGGUCUCCUGUUCGUUGGCAACACAGGAAACGACUCGGAUACAAACCCUAUCUUCUGGAUCCUGCGCGGCUACCAGCCCGCCAACCAGACAAAGUAUCUCGACGAUGAUGAUGAGCCCUACCUCGAUGUACGACAGCGUUGGAUCCAUCUCCGUUCUAGUGACUUUGUCGUGAAGGACGAGUCACGCAAGGGAUUGGGAGGCCAAUAUCGCUACCUCGAAACUGACGCAACUGCCAUCUACCGCCAAACAAGCGUCUACUGGCGCACCAACAUCACCGAACAUUCCGAGGACGAUUCCUCUUUCUCCGCGCGGGCCACCUACGACCGCGAACCUCUCCUCACCCAGGAGAGUGGUCAGUUACCUGCCGCCGACAUGACCUUUUGGGAUCCCGAGGAGGACCAUCAAGACACGCGGACAAGCCAGUAUGUCACACUGAGUGAUGUCUGUGAUGCACUGCACCAGACCGUGGACGGUGGCCCGAGUGCACCUCGGAGUCUCAUCAGCGAGGGUGGUGGCCACCAGCUCCUGCGCGGUGUUACAACCCCGACGAUUUGGAUCCCCCUGGGCACCGUGGCGGAAAUGUCAGGUAUCGGCUCCGAGACGGCCAAAUUCGAGCUCAAGCAAGAAGAAUGGGAGCGCCUAAGGCCGUAUGUCUCCGGACAGAGUGCAAAUUGCCGGGACGACUCUGAUCAGGAGAAGUUCGAGUACAGUGAAUUCUCGCACAUGUAUCGGCUCGGUCAACCGGACAGCAUCUGGAACUUGACGCUGUCUACCUUGUCGCUCUCUUUCGAGGGUCGAUUGGUUCAGGAGAACAGCACCGAGAUUUCAUCCUUUGGAGAUGAUGGCGUGCCUGUGUUUGGCGCUGAGUAUGAGAGGGCGCCGAAAGAAAAAGAAGUAGAAAUUCCUUCAAAUUCUGGAGAUGAAGCAGGUGGCGCGAUGCGACUUUUGACGGCUCAUCCUUUGCUGGUUCAUCUACCGUCGAUCCUGGUUGCAAUAGGGGUUGUUCAUGCUAUAUUAAAACGUGUAUAUAGGGAUUGAAGAUUCCCAUGUUAGAUCCAUGACUCUUUUCAUGUGGUCCUGUUGUGCCCU